UGACAUUUGUCCUAAUGUUUGAGGGAUAUAGCUAUGUUGACGCUGUGCUCACUAAUGCCAACACUUCCUUGAAUUUAACUACUGAUAGAGUGGGUGAUCUGAACAAAAUUUUAAUCAAUCAGGAUUUGACUCAGAGGCUACAACUCGUGCGAAAUGUCAUGUAAGUUAUGAACGAUGUUCAAAAAUUAAAGAAUGAGGUUCAGUGCCUGGAAACGAAAAAUUCCCAUCUCAAGGCAGAAAUUGAUUACAAAACUAACAGUUGCACACGAACACUGGAGUGCCUGAAUCAGAAACCACAUGUUGCCUUUUAUGCGUACUAUUCUGACAAUUUCAAAGGUCUGCCCAUUGGAACGACUUUAGUCUUUAAUUCAGUGGAGACAAACCUUGGCAGUGGCUACAAUAAAAGAACCGGGAUAUUCACUACCCCAACUUCCGGUGUCUAUGCCUUCACUUGGACCUUGCACGCAGCGGGAAAGCAUAUCGCUGGAUCAUCUGGGAGCAACUAUGGUGAAAUGAACACGGCGAUAAAACUAAAUGGGGUCACAAAAGGUGUGAUUGUUGCUGAUACUGAAACACAGUACGAUAAUGGUGCUGGCACCGGGUUUGUUGUUUUGAAUCUCAAUGCUGGAGACGAAAUAAAAAUUGUGUCUGAUAGGUAUGGCGGCCAAGGAUCCAUGUACAGCUCCGAUCAAAAUGGCCGAACAUCAUUCUCAGGAUUUCAGAUUACAUAAUUUUUCUCUAACCAUUAUUUUCAUUAAGUUAGGUAUUCAUCACUGUGGAUAUUGAUUACUCAAUUUGAUUGAAGCAUUAACCACUU